CGUUGACAUUUGUAGAUAGGUAGUCUUGCCAUACCAAUUUGGACAUGAAUCAUAAAACAUAAGAAUAUAACAAUAAAUGCACGUGAAUGUAGUCGAAGUGAAAUUUAUCACAAAGGUGAAGUGGACUUGAUCAAAAUUGUGAAGAAAAAGUGCACGAUAAAAUAACAUGAGGAAGAAGGAACGGUACUAAUGGGUUUCAUAAUUCUGUCGCUGUGGUUAUGGCUGCUGCCAGCGACGGUUUUGUUAAGCCCUCUGCCAGAUAUGGAAGAGGAGCAGGAAGAACCUUGUAGAACUUACACUCAUGAAGCUUUGCUCUAUCUGGACUGUGCUGAAAGAGGACUAACCGAGUUACCUAGCGGUCUGGAUUAUAAUGCUCAAGUCCUGCUCUUGGCUAACAACAAUUUUGCCACGUUUCCAGAACAACUUAAAAACUUUCAUCAAGUUGAGACUUUAGAUUUAUCUGGAAAUCGCAUAACAGGAGCAUUACCCAGCUACAUCGUUGGCUGGCAGAGAAUUAAUACACUCAAUUUAUCUAACAACAACUACGAUUCGUGGCUAAGAAUCGAAAACACCUUCAAUAUACAGAAACUGGACCUAUCCAAAAAUAAGAUUAAUCGUAUUGACGAAGACGCUUUCGUAAGAAUGUCACGGCUGGCAUAUCUCGACUUAUCAGAAAAUCGUAUAAACAAUCUACCACUUGGAAUAUUUGCAAGAGCAACAAGUUUGGAAGUGCUAAGUUUAUCCAGAAAUUAUUUUUCAGAGGUUCCAAAAUUUCAGUCACCCUCUUUGAGAAUUUUGCGUUUGAGCAAUUGUCAAAUUACAAGCAUAGAUAAGGACUCAUUAUCAGAAAUGAACUCACUACUCGAAAUAAAUUUGUCAAUGAACGAAAUAGAAUCUAUACCUGAUAAUCUAGCUUCAAAUUCCUUACAAGAAUUAGAUUUUAGUUAUAAUGAGAUAUCGAUGAUUAACGACCAGACCUUUUCAUCAUUACCGCAUUUAGCGGUUUUAGAUUUGAGAGGUAAUGAGUUUAGGGAGGUAUGGUCAUCCUCAUACUUUGCCUCAAACCCAUUUUUGAGAGAAGUUCGUGUUAAGGGUAACCGAUGGAGCUGUGAAGGCUUCAGAGUCAAUUUGCUACUUACAUAUGAAUUUUUAACGAAAGAGCCAGCAAAAGUUAAUGACAGAGGAUCAUUGAUUUGUUAUUCUCCAUCAAAUGUGACACAAUUGAGUUGGCAGCAAGCGUAUAUACGUACAUGGCAUGCCGAUGAAAACACUACAUCGUCGUACACAUUAAUGGCUGUACUAUUUGGUAUGGUCAUAGGAACUCUUAUCACUUCGUGCGUAUGUCGUGGGAUCAUGGCCUUAAACCCACCCCCUCCACGAGUAACACCCGAAACAACCGCUUUGAAUGGAAAUGCGACACAGCGCAGAGCUGAAUCAGUGGAAAUAAGAGUACCAUUACGGGAAGAACUACCUCCAAGUUACGACGAGGCUCUCUUAAUGCCUCGUUUGAACGCCUCGUUUCACUCACUGCCAGAUUUCGUUGAUGAAGAAGACAAUAAUAUUAAUAAUAGUAAUAAUAAUAGAAGGUACAGAAGGUCAAGAUCGAUCGGCGAUUUGACUGAAACGAGACCAAGAGUCCAUGACAGACGUUCAGUAAGACGAGUAGUAGACAUUAAUAUAACAGACGUGAUGAUUCUUUUAAGGACUUCGGAGCUGCUACUGCUAAUUUGUCUAGCGAAUGCGGGAAUGCAGGAAUUUUAUGAGCGUACAAAUGAAAUCUGCUUUCUUUGCACUUGCAACACAGACAGAACAAGUGUGGACUGUUCAAAUAGAGGAUUAACUGAUCUUCCUACUGGCAUUGAUGCUAAGGUCACCAAGUUGAAUAUAUCAAGCAAUGAUAUCUCCACAUUUCCGGAAAAUAUAUUCAAGCUUAAUAACCUUAUUUCUUUGGACAUAAGUAACAAUCAGUUGAAGGAAUUGUCGGAAAAUGCAUUACAAAAUCUCACUUCUUUGGAAAUUUUAAAUUUAUCAAAAAACCGUUUUGAGUCAUGGCUCAGUUUAAAUCCUAAUGAGGUACUUAAAACAGCCACCAAUCUUAAAAUAUUGGACUUAUCUGGAAAUAAGUUCAAUUCAAUGGCAAAUUUGGCAAAUCAAGAACUGCUUAUAAGUCCUUCGUUAGAAACACUGAUUUUAGAUAACUGCGAAAUAGAUUCUAUUCAUGGAAGAUCACCACUAAGCGGUCUUAAUAAUAUUAAUGUUUUAAAAAUGAACCAUAAUCCUUUAUUGAGGAUUCAAAAUCUUAUAUCACCAACUUUGAGGAGCCUUUAUAUAAGCAAUUGUCAGUUGAGUUAUAUUAAUCAUAAUGAACUGUCUUACUUACCUUCUUUAGUGUAUUUAAAAAUUUCACAUAACUACCGAUUACAGUUACCUUCUUCAGCUAAUUUUUUGUUCUCUAGUUCCUUGCGAUAUUUGGAUAUCUCUUACUGCAAUAUUUUUAAGCCAAAUUUAUUUGGAUUCCCAAAUCUUAGAAAAGUUAUUAUUAAUCAUAACAUGAUACGAUAUUUGAGGAGCAAUGAGUUUAUAAAUAACACAAAAUUAGAAUAUUUGGAUCUUUCAAAUAACAAUAUUGGAUCUUUUAAAAGUGAUACUUUUCGGGGGCUAACUAUGAUCAGAUAUUUAGAUUUAUCCUGGAAUGAAAUUGCGCAAAUACCCGAAGACAGUCUUUUAGAGAUGCCCUCGUUGACUCAAAUUAAACUAGCUAGGAACUAUCUCAACAGAGUUGGUCACAUAAAAUCCACCUCAUUAUCUGUACUUGACUUGAGUUCUUGUGAAAUUAGUAUUAUUGGAAAAGAUUCGCUUGAAGGAUUUCCUUCACUAGUGGAUUUAGAUUUAUCACAUAAUCUGCUGUCUCAUAUUCCGGACAGCAUCUCUUCUAACACCUUGAAAUAUUUGAACUUGAAUUACAAUAGAUUAAGUUCUGUAAGUAAUUACACUUUUUUUAUGUUACCUCGUUUAAGUGGGCUCAGUGUAAUCGGAAACAGAUUUACCAAUAUUUGGAGCAGAACGUUUUUUGAUUCCAAUCCAUAUUUAGAUAGACUUGAACUAAGUGACAACAUGUGGAGAUGCGAUUGUACCGAUAAUAACAUGUUCGACUUUUAUGAAUAUAUUACAUUGGAGCCAAAUAAAAAGGAUGAAUCUUACAACCUUAUAUGCAACAGUCCUGUAACCUUCAUAGGACAAACAUGGCUAGAAGCAUGCUAUUUUGUGUGGAACCCUGGUGAAAGAGUGGGGAAUGCAGAUAAUUUGAUAUGGUUCAUAAUUGUUAUGAUAGUUGGGCUUUCGUUAUGUAUUAUACUUAUUAACACCAUAAGAAGAUCUAUGAAUCGUCGUUUAGCAGCAAUGCAAACUGAGAGAGAACGACAAGUUGAAGAAGCUAGAGACAGAUUGAGACAACUAAGAAUUAGGGCAGAGCAAGAAGCGUUAUGUAACACACCAGAUCCAAGAGAUCUUAUAGCACCACCAUCAUAUGACGAAGCUCUUUCUAUGCCUAAACUAAAUGUCUCAUGUCAGUCCCUUAAUGAAACCGGCACAGGGAAAACUAAACGAAGAAGGGGCCGGAGGAAAACUAAAUCUAGUGGUGAUUUAUUAGAAGAAACUGAUAGAAAUGGCGAUGUACCUGUAUUAGAUGACAUAGAAUUAGCUGAAACUACUUAUGAUAAAAAUAAAAGGCGACGAAGGAGAAACAGAAGGUAUGGUAGCCAUGAAAUAGCAGAAUUAGAUCAAAGUCCAGGGGCAAGACGAAGACGAAUGUCGGAAUACAAUACAGAAGAUGAUAGUGUAAUAGAAGUCGAAGCAGAGUUGGAAAGACCACUUCGUCCCAGAAUUCGACGGUUUUCUGAUGAAAAUCAACCAAGAGAGAGUGAUUUUUGAAUGUCUUAUUGCAUUUUAAGUUUAAUGGCUUACUAUUUAUGGAUUA